UAUAGGAAAAUGCUGAAGUUGCUAAUCAAAAAAUCAACAGUUGGUUGCCAGACAAACUACAACAGUUGGUUGUGUUCCCUCGCAUUGACUUGCAUGCCGACAACAGUGGGUUUUUGUUUUCCCCUUUUAGCAGAAACACAACGCCUUUUUAACUCUAAUUCGCGCCAACACAAUACUUUAGUAAAUUCAAAGAAAAACAAAAACAAAAACAAAAAAAUGUGUGAAAACAAUAUGCAAAUUGUAGUCUUUAAUAUUUGUAUGAUAAUGAAGUGGAAAUUGUGAAAAAAAAUUUUUGAAAGCACAUCUUUAUUUCAAUUCGCAAAAUAUUAUUUUCGUAUGACUCAGCGACCAAUUGGCAAAUCACUAAAAGCGAUAAACGAAAAUUGUGGAAAAAUAAAGAAGUGUACAAAAUCCCAACGAAAUUCAGAUGGUCGCCAAUGAGCCGUAAUCAUCAUCGUCAUCAUCAUCAUCAUCAUCAUCAUAUCAUUACCGAGCAGCUUAUCCGCGCGCGCGUUUGUUCAGAGGAAGAACGCAAUAUGGACGAUAAAUUGAUGUGCGAUGAAGUGCAUUUGCGUACAUUAAGCCAGUCGCCGCUGGCGCUGCAACGCCAACAACAACGCAGACUAAGCAACCACAGCACGCGCAGUACAGCAACAAAAACCCUAACACCAAUACUGCGACGGCGCUGUUCAGGCGGAAAUGCUGUAACUAAGAGUAAUGAAUUCGAGCAACCACGUCCCCCGCUGGCGCAGCAAGAGAUACUCGACGACGAUGAACCCAAAUGUCAGCGGGUGCGUGUGGACAAACCCACAAAUAUGUCGCUGAACCUCGAUGUGACCGAUAAUGGCGAUAGCGGCGUGGGUGGCGACGAUGAAACUGAAGCAGAUGCCGAUGCCGAUGCCGAUGCCGAUGCCGAUGCAGAUUGUGGUCUCACUAAUCCGGCGGCACAAAUUGCGGACGACAACGAUGAAGCUGUGAAGGCUGAUGUGAGCGAUGAGGAUGUAAUUGACAGCAGCAUAUUGCGUGUGAAGCAAUUUCCCGAUAUGUCGAAAAUUCCACGACUUCCUGGCGAUGGCGCACAAAUGGAUGAUCAGCAGCCAGCCACUAACACCACAGCAAUAGCAUCGAAUUUGCGACGACCCGCAGCGGUUGCCGGACGUGGUGUGGGUGGUGGUGGUGGUGGUGGUGGUGGUGGUGGUGGUGGUAAGAAUACGCCGUGGCGUGUGCAAUCCGUACGCAUUGUUGAGCAGAGAAUGAAGUUGGGGCCGAAACGACGCACCGAAAGCUGCAGCAUAUUUGGCAGCACAAGCAAUUAUGAUUGUGAAGCAGAUGCUUGCAGUCCAACAGCUCAGCCCCGACCACUGACCAAUCAAACAUACUCGGCAUUCAAAAGCGCCAAUGUCGUUAAGGGCAUUCUCUGUCCAUCUCUGACAAAUUCAUUUAAGCAGCAUUCACUGGAGCGUUCUUAUCUUUUGUAUACGCAUCGUCAACGACAAAAGUCACUGAUCAUUGUAAAUCUGGUCGAUUUUAUGCUGAAAGUAACGCUUGCAACUAUUUGGUUCGUUAAGGAAGGAAAUGUCGAAGGCAAAGCGGGCAACGGUACUUACAACGCCCUAACGAAUAGCGAUUCAGAGGAUGUGAAAUUGUCAACGGCAAUUACCUGGUCCGUUUGCUGUAUUGUGGCCAAUGUAAGCAUUUGCUGUUUGGGCUUUUGGAGAUGCUUUGCCAACAACUAUUUGCACUGGGCAGCCGUAUGUACAUGGGUUUUAAUGAAUAUACAAGGUUUCGUUGGACAAGGUAUUGGCUUCACGUAUCGCGAAUACUUGGUCUGGUACAUCCUGUUCGUGAUAUUUGUGCCGUAUGCAAUGCUGCCGUUGCCAUUGAAAUGGUGUGUCGUCGGCGGUACCAUCACAGCUAGUUGUCAUCUGGCCGUAAUUACCAUAAUUAAAGUUAGACGGAAAGAACAAGCUGAUUGCAUUGUAUUUCAAAUAUUCGCCAACUUCAUUUUGUACACGGCAAUUAAUGUGGCUGGCAUGUACACCAAGUAUCUGACGGACCGUGGGCAGCGCCUUGCUUUCAUCGAAACACACAAAGCGAUGGAACAUAAAAAAGAGUCGGAAAAGGAAUUGCAACGAACACAAAGAUUGCUGGACUCAAUACUUCCGAAUAUAGUGAAUAAUCAAAUUCGCGCUGAGAUGUAUAAAGGCACAGAUCCCACUGUCGAAACGCAAUUUAAUAAACUCUAUGUGUAUCCGAUGGAUAAUGUUAGCAUACUGUUUGCUGAUAUUAAGGGUUUCACUGAACUGGCAAGUAAAACUUCCGCCCAACAGCUUGUCAAAAUUCUUAAUGAUCUGUUUGCUCGCUUUGAUCGUAUCGCCGAGGACAAUCACUGUUUGCGUGUGAAACUCUUGGGCGAUUGCUAUUAUUGUGUGUCACAGUUCGAGAGUGACAAUUGGAAGACCCGGCCGGAUCAUGCGGUAUGCAGUGUGGAGACUGGACUGCAUAUGAUAAAGGCCAUCAAGGAUGUGCGACUGCAUACGCAUGUUGAUCUGAAUAUGCGCAUUGGCAUUCAUAGCGGCUCAGUGAUGUGCGGCGUUUUGGGCAAUAAAAAAUGGCAUUUUGAUGUUUGGUCCAACGAUGUUAUUAUUGCCAAUCAUAUGGAAUCUGGCGGUAUUCCUGGACGCGUACACAUUUCGGAGGCCACAUUGAAGUGCCUCAACGAGGCCUACGAAGUGGAGCCCGGCAACGGUGGUAGUCGUGACAAUCACUUGAAAAUGCUGAACAUCAAAACGUAUCUGAUAAAACGCACUGAGCCAUUAAGACCGAAACGUCGCUUUGGCACGCGCAGCAGUCAACAUUUGGCCAACACCAUUUCAAGUGCGACAGCCGCGGGCGGCAGCGAUGCCAGCACCCCAACUGCCGUCACAACACCCGCCAGCAUCGCUUCCAAAUCCAUAUCCACCACAACUGGUGUGGAAGCGCAACAGCAACAGCCACAGCCACAACCACAUUUGCCCCCCAAUCCUCUACCGUCGCUCGCUGCGCUACAAAAGAAAAAUAUUUCGGUAAACUCAUUGCCAAAUGUAAUGGAGGGUGUUGCGUUGGGUAAUGGUGGACGUGCAGGUGAUGCCGUCAAUGGGCCUAGCAGCAUCGCAGGUGGCGGUAGUGAUGGCGCUGGUGGCAUUGGAGCUGGUGAUACAACUGGCUUGUCGACUGUUUCAUCGCCUACAACGCUGACUGCGCCUACAGUGGUCGAUCAACAGCCGCCGCUAAAAUUGAACGGCACUGCAGCGAGUGCACAGAACCUGACGAGCACAAUUGACCCGAAAGCAUUGAUUAUUGAGGAUGAACCGACCACUGAAUGGACGCCGGAAAUUCCAUUUAAAAAUCUUAACUCGCCGCAGGACGGCCUCAAUCGCAGCGAUUCGGUUUUAUGUGAUACCAAACAGGAACAUGGCCUUUCAAUGACGGCGUUGGAUGAAGAGAUUGAUGAUUUCAUAGAACAAAAUAUACAAAUUAACUCUAAUAAGGAGAUACGACGGGAGUACCUGAACACAUGGACUUUGAAGUUUAAAGAUCGCGGUCAAGAACAAAAGUUUUGUCAAUUACGCGAAGAUAUGUUUAGAUCGAAUAUGCUGUGCAUUUUUAUCAUCUGGCUGUUUAUUGUGAUGUGCCAAGUAAUUAUUAUACCACGUUGUACCAAAUUAAUUAUUUGCCUAGUGGUGGGCACAAUUUUCCUAACAUUUGCUUGCGUGCUAGUCAUGGCAGAAGAGUUCUCAAAUCUCCCACUCUACCUGAAACAAAAUUCUGCCAAACUUGUUCAUCAACGGCGGCGGCGUACAUUCUUCAUUUGCAUUGUCAUCGUAAUGAUGUCGGUGUUGAGUGCAAUUGGCUUGGUACUCUGUCCGGAUGCAACAUUCGCCUUUGACAGCACCGGCGACAAUAAAACCUCAACAUCCACUACACAGUUAACUAGUAACAACAACUCGGUUAGUGCUCUGUUGGCAAGCGGCAGUGAAAAGGAAAUCAAAUUAAAUGUUUACCUAUCGGCGACAAUACAUCACAACAUCACCAUCAAUGCUGCUAAUGGCACAAUUGUCGAUGCAUUCAUCACCGACAAUCUAACAGCAGCAGCACCAGCUGGCGAUCUUGUACGCCAAAGCAUUGUUAAUGCGCUCAAUUUAACACAAACACCUAUAAAUUUGCUGAAUGCAUCAGCCAACACACUCGAGUCCUUCGAACAAUCGCCACGCGGCAUUUUAAUGGCAACCGCCGCCGCCGCCGCCGCUGCUGCUACUGCUGCUGCUGCACCGCUAGUCAACGACACCGACACCGACACCGACACUGAAUCGGAAUCGGAAUCGGAACUGACUGAUGCAGCUCACUUGGAGCUCUACAACAGCAUCAACACUUUUAAUAGCACGGAUGAUACGGCGGUGCAUCGAAAUGUUUGUGCGCAUCCCGAGUAUAUAAUUUUCACCUGGGUGCUGUGUCUCGUUUCGCUGGCGACAGCGCUAAAGCUCUACUAUCUCAUUAAAACUUUACUCGCUAUGGCUAUGGUCGGCUGCUAUAUGAUCUUAAUAUUGACACUGUUCCAAGCGCUCUACUCGUCAUCAGCUGCGAGUUUCGAUUAUCUACGCAUGGCCAUGCCACUGGAUGUGCAGAUGCUUAUACUGCUGUGCUCGUUCUUGAUUAUGGUCGGCUAUCAUGCGCGUCUGGUAGAGGUCACUUCGCGUUUGGAUUUCAUUUGGAAGGAGCAAGCUGAGCGUGAAUUAAUGAAUAUGAAAUCGAAUCGUGCACUUAACGACACAUUAAUUAAGAAUAUUUUGCCAGAUCAUGUUGCCGCCUAUUAUCUCUCCGAUGAACACACUGACGAAUUGUAUUCGAAAAACCAUGCACUUUGUGGUGUUAUGUUUGCUUCUAUACCCAAUUUUCAGGAUUUCUAUUCGGAGGACAUCGACAAUGGCAAGGCAUGCAUACGGAUAUUGAAUGAGAUUAUAUGCGAUUUCGACGAACUCCUGGAGGAACCCCGCUUUGCGUCCAUAGAGAAAAUCAAGACUGUUGGCGCCACCUAUAUGGCCGCUUCCGGUCUAAAUUCAGCACAUUUGAAUGCACGCGGGGAGACAGCGGAAGACAGCGUUUGUGAUUUGGUUGAGUUUGCCUUUGCCAUGAAACAAAAAUUGGAGGAAAUCAACAAGGAAGCAUUCAACAACUUUCAGUUGCGCGUGGGCAUCUGUAGCGGUCCCUUGGUGAGCGGUGUGAUUGGCGCGCGCAAGCCCGUCUAUGACAUCUGGGGCAAUACGGUGAACGUGGCCUCACGUAUGGACUCCACCGGCGAGAAUUGGCGCAUACAAGUGCCUACCAAAACUUCAGAGCUGCUAAAAGGCAAGGGGUACACGUGUGUGAAACGCGGCGAGAUAAAUGUAAAGGGCAAAGGCCUAAUGGUCACGUACUUUGUGCAUCCUAGAGGCGCCAAUGAAAGUCAAUUAUCGUCACCGGUGCGACUGCCGGCGGGUGUGCCAUUAUCGCAGACGCCCAACUUACAACGCCAGACAUCGCAUCAUGGCUCCUUCAGCGCUGUGGUGUUCGGCAUGUUGCAGGCAUCGAAACGUAGCACAACCAUAGCAGGCACACCGACUGGCACUCCCUCACCGCAAAUAAGACGUGGUCGUCGUGGUAGUACCUUCAGUUCAGUGCGUCUAUCGCAAAAGUCUACCACCACCAACAAUCCGGUGAGGCGGAAUACAACACGAGUGCGUGGUCGCUCAUAUCGACAGAAGAAGAGCUCGUCCAACAACUCGAUAGUAACACAGACCAGUAAUUCGUACAUCUCGUCAUUUCGACGCAUCGAUCAGAUUGAGACGACGCUGUCCAAAAGUCACAAUGAUGCUUUAUAGCCAAUGCGCAAUUGGGUGUAAGUCGACGCACCAGCGCAAGGCGACCAAUUUUAAUUUACUACUAAAUACAACUAUGUGACACUUAUUUAUUA